AUGUCACAGCCAGUUGAUCGGGUGUAUCCUGAUACUUACACAAAACAGCCUUCUUCCAAUUCUAAUGGUUCAUUUGGGCCUGUUUUCAUUGUCUUGGCUGGGGUACUCGUAAUAUCAGCUAUUGCUUGCGUGUUUGGACAGCUAUGCAACCGGAAGCACCACCGCGGUAAUAAGGAGCACCACCGCGGUAAGGAGGAGCACCACCGUGGUAAGGCAAAGCCAGCUCGAGGCCAGGACCUUGGCCCUAAAGAAUGGGAGUCUAGACAAAAACCUAGUUUCAAAGAUGAGGACAUAGAAUUUGGGUUUGACAAGAGAAUCCCUACAGCUAAAGUGGCUGCACACGGAGAUCCCAGAGGACCAAAGGUAUUUCAAAAUGGUGGGUUCAAAGGUCAAGUGAGAUUUGCUGAUAAUGUGUAG